AUGCAGCAGCCCUCUGGAACCGCAAUAGUAGCCUGCGAAGAAGCACUGGCAUGGCAAUCGGAACAAAAAGCACCUGUUGAUGUCUGCCCUCCGGAACCUGAAAAGCAAGCCGCCGAGGAAUCUUCCCCGAGGAAGACAGAGCCAGAACCUCUGUUGAAUGUACAUGAUGGUAGAUGCUGCCGUGGUAGCAGCAUUGAAAUUUGCUGCGCAACAAGUGCCGAGCCGAGCCACACAGCCGCUGAAAGGUACAAAACUCUAGAGAAAGAGAAAGAAAUCACGGAGGAGUUGAUGGAGAAGUGUUAUCAUUGGAUGACACAUGUCAAAGAAACCAAAGAUAGUUCCAACGAAUAUGAUACCAUAUUCGUCUUGAAGCAUGAAGCAAAUUUCGAGGGGCUUAGACAUCAUUUCAUGUCUCUAAUGUCCAAACAACAUGUGAAAAGCACGGUGGUCACUGCACAUAACAUGAUUCUCAACCAAAUAAAAGGUCACCGGUUUCAAGAACAAAUAUACUCUGUGCCGUUGGAUAUUGUGAUGUUUAUGUUGGGAAACCAUGGCGAGAAAUACACUGAUCCAAAGACCUAUAAGGCCUACCGGUUUCAUAUCGAUAAAUAUGCCCACCACCGCCAGUUUCUUGACAAAAGAAAACUCGCAUCGUAUCCAUUUGUAAGUUGUGAUUUCUAAAAAUUCUUUGAUAAUUCUCUCGUUUGCUA